UAUUUCGAAGCAGGUAAAGAAAGAGAUUUAUUUUCGUAAAGAUUAGGUAAAUACAUGGAACGAAAAAGAAAGGAAAGUACUGGAAAAAGAACCGUUGCUUUCUCGCGUCGGUGAAUAAAGGUGAAACGAUCCACGGUCGAUCUGACUUCGAAUCGAUUAGUUCUUUUUUUACUAGCAUACACCGUCGAUCGAUAAGGAACGAAAUCGAUCCAUUUCAAUGAUUCGAUCAAUGAUAAAUUUAACGAUCAAAGAAUACAAAAGCUGUUUCAGAACCGAGUAGCGACAUGGAGGCAAAGGAGAGGGAGAAGCCGCUGGUUAAAGACUUGAACGAACAUAUCGUAUGUCCUCUGUGCAGAGGCUACCUCAUAGAUGCAACGACUCUCGUGGAAUGUCUGCAUUCUUUUUGCAGAGGUUGUAUAGUGAGACGGUUGAGCAGCGGUGCCAGAGCGUGUCCCGUAUGCAAUGUCGCAACGUCUCCGCCACUCUUGCCGGACGUAAAGCUGCAACGACUCGUAUAUCUUAUGGUACCCGGCCUCUUCCGGUCGGAGCUUGAACGAAGGCGUCAUUUCCGGCUGGUCAAUCCACAAUGCCCACCUUUGGCCUUACCCUUGGGCGCCCUAAACUUAACCUUGGACGAUUUCGUCAGCCUAAGUUUAUGCGAGCUCGACGAACCGGAAGGAGAGGCGGCCGUUCACGAACCGGAAAACCGUGCCGGGUCACGACAUCGAACGAACGCCGAUCAAACUAAACAGGAAGACACGAUUCAGGUUAGAAAUACUCGAUACCUUAAGUGUCCGGCAGGAGUGACUGUUCGACACUUGGUUCGAUUGCUUAUGCUGAAGAGGGGAUGGGAGGAAGCGAAUUCUCACGGGACGAAUGUCAAUAAGAUUGAGAUGCUGUGCGAGAAGAGCAACGAAAAUCGACGGAAUGGCACGAAGACGAUGGUGUUGGAUCAAUCUUGGACUCUGCUCGAUCUCGCCUGCAUAUUUGGUUGGAAGAGAGAAGCGCCUAUGAAGCUGUUUUAUCGCGUGUUACGUAAGGAGGAUAUUGUCUCCGUUUCAAGUGAGAACUCCUUCAACGACGAGACAACCAAGGAUACCUCGACAAUGGAAAAUAUUCAACGGCCACCGACACCGCCACCGAGUCCCAAGCCUGUCCAAGAGUGCGAGGACGAAAGUCAUAAAAUUUUAGAAAAUAACACCGAACCGUCUCAAUCAUCUUUGAAGACCAAUUUGGAACGUGACAAGGAGCCGAAAGCAAAGAAACCCCGAUGCAAAGUAACUCCUGUCAUGAGAACACCUAAUCUUGUAUCGAUACAGGCGAAUCACGCGCCGGAAAGUUCCAAGUCGAAAGAAUUGGCGAAGCUGGAACAUCGUAAGCACAGGAAACGACGAAACAAACGAGUGAUCGCCGAGAUCACCACCACGCCGCGGGAGGAUUUAUUGAAACUGAAGGUUCGAUUAACCCCGUGUCCGCCGAGGAUCACGUCGAGCAGCGGAAGUGGUCAGGCAAAGGAGAAAUUAUUACAAAUGAGGGCCGUCAGACGAGAAAAGAUCAAAACUACGACGAUGAAUCAACAACGAUCGUCAGGUACGUUGGCACGAGAGGAAGGCGUGAGUACGAAGGAGAACAUCGGAGAGGCGGAAGAGACUAUAGAAGAAAUAAUAGAUAGUAUACCUGAUGAGGUUGUUCGAAUCGCACAAAAUAUAACUACCCAAGGAGAGGAUGCGUCUGCAGCAGGGGAAAGGGUAGAUCAAAGGAACGGAUCCUCGACUUGCAAACCACCACCGCCUAAGAAGGAAGAAGGUACUGAACCGGAGGUAUUGAAAAGAACGGAACAGAUCGAAACGGAACGUCCGAAGAAAGACGAGGAAAUUCUCCGGCGAUUGGGUCUGGUAGCCGUGAACGAAGCUGGCGACAACUUCCGCGAUAAAGCGAGGCAACGCGUUCAAAAUAACGGGGAAAAGAUGGAUACUUUGGAUAGAGAGAAGCUGGAGAAACAAUUACGCGAGAGCAAAGCGAAUCGAGUAAGAAGUUUGUUGGCCGAGAAACAGAUGCGCGACACGUUGAAAACGAUGUCGAAGACAAAGGAGGAACACCCUGCACCCUUACCGGUCAACACCCCUCCGAAAAAGAAAGGUCCGCCCCCAUUGGCGCCGCUGAGGGUCGCAAAACCUUCCGGUUUCGCCGCGUCGAGCGCCAUUUUAGAACCGAAUAAUUCGAAAUACGAGAUCCCAUUAGAUCUAAGCAGCGGCGGGACCGUGCACAACAACGUACUCGAUCUGUCUGCCAAUUUAUCGGCCGCUAACUUUUCUUUGUCCUCCUCCUCCUCUUCGUCCUCGUCGUCGUCGUCGUCGUCGUCAUCGUCGUCAUCCUCUUCGAUCUGCUCCAUAUCCUCGUUGAAUCCAAGACCACCACGACCGCCCAUCACCCCGGGAAGCUUAUUACGAGGAAAGGCGAAGGAUCUGGAUCAACGGCGAGGUCAAGAUUCCAAUUUAAUGACACUUUCUGAUGCGGCUGUUUCCCUGUUAAGCGGAUGCAUCACCGAUGAGAACUCGGUUGAUUCUUUGGUGCUCAGUUCAGCUAAUCUCGCCAGCAAAGUGGCCCUCCGAAUACCGCAACCUCAUCAAAGAAUCUCCGGUUUUGGAAUGAAAAUCAAACCGAAUCUGAGCAUCCGGCACAUCCCUAAUCCCCAAGCUGUGGUAGCAUCGCAAUACAGAAAUCAAAGAGUCAGUUACUUCAAUUCCGCCUCGCAACAACCACCGUAAGAAGAAUUAUUUUUGAUCGACUGAAACACUCGAUUUUCCUCUAUCCUUAACCUUAUUUCAUUACUUCCUAUUAUUAUUAUUAUUAUUAUUAUUAUUAUUGUUGUUGUUGUUAUUACUUAAAAAUGCUCCUAUGGAAACAAGAUUCCUACGUGACCAAUCCAAAGGCUGUAUGUUACCAUAUAUAUUUUCACCCGCUUCCUAUAAUGUUUCUUAAAACAAUGAUGAAUUUUCGUACGGGCAUAAAGACGCAUGGAAAAACUUGAAUAAUUAAAACGUUAACUUAGAAAGAAAAGAGAGA